CAAUGUAUUUUCAUAUCUUUGAUUUGUGUUUUGUUAAGUUUUGUAAAGGUUCGACAUAAAAUCACUUCAUUAAAAUAAUGGUUUGCGCUGAGACGAUCUCGAUUAAAUAGUCGUUGCCUCCCAGGUCAGCCAACAAAAUGUCUGCUGAAUCAGAUAUGGAGUAUUCGGACAAUGACGGAGAUGACUACGAUUACUACGGUGAACAAGACGACUGUGAUAUGGAGGCAGUCGAUCGAAGCAAAUCCGAUCCUGAAUAUUUUGUGUUUUCUUGUCUAAGAGUUGAAGAAGUCGAGAAAUUGCUUAACGAAUCCAUAGAACUGCUAAGUAAUAGCCUUCAAAUAACACCUUCUCUGGCUAAGGUUAUGCUUCAUGCAUAUGAAUGGAAUGCUCAAGAGAUUUUAAAAAAAUAUCAAGAAAAUGCUAAUGAAGUUUUAGUGUACAGUCGUGUGAAACCCAGCUUGCCUCUGGUACAGGGAAACUGUAGUCAAUCAGUUUGUGCAGUUUGUGCAAGCACUCCUCCAAUAAACAAAUACAGUGCACUUGCAUGUAAGCACUAUUUUUGCGAUGAUUGUUGGGCUAUGCAUUUUGAAGUACAAAUUAUGCAAGGUGUAUCAAAUACUAUACAAUGCAUGGCCCAGGACUGUGAAGUGAGAGCUCCAGAAGAUUUUGUACUAUCUCAUGUAGCUAAACCAGCAAUAAGGGAACGGUAUCAACAGUUUAUGUUUAAGGACCAUGUUAAAUCACAUCCACAACUUAGAUUUUGCCCAGGACCUAACUGUCAGUGGAUUUAUCAAGCUUGGGUACGUGUAGGUGCACGCAGAGUAGAAUGUCGUGGCUGUGAACUUCUGACUUGUUUUUCAUGUGGAGCUCCUCAUCAUGCUCCCACUGAUUGUCCUACUAUCCGUCGUUGGUUAACUAAAUGUGCUGAUGAUUCAGAAACUGCUAAUUACAUAAGUGCUCAUACAAAGGACUGCCCAAAAUGCCAGAUAUGCAUUGAAAAGAAUGGAGGCUGUAAUCAUAUGCAAUGUGGAGCUUGCAGACAUGAUUUUUGUUGGGUUUGCUUAGGUGAUUGGAAAAAUCAUGGGUCUGAAUAUUAUGAGUGCAGUCGCUAUAAAGAAGAUCCAAAUUUAGGUAAUGACAAUCAACAUGCACAGGCAAGAGAGGCUCUAAAAAAAUAUUUGCAUUAUUAUGAGAGAUGGGAAAAUCAUGCAAGGUCUUUAAAACUAGAAGAGCAAACACUGGCAAGUCUGAAGAGUCGUAUUAAUCAAAAGGUUAUGGCUGGAGAAGGAACCUGGAUAGAUUGGCAAUACCUGUGGGACUCAGCACGACUUCUAAAACGUUGUAGAUAUACCCUCCAAUACACUUAUCCAUUUGCAUAUUACAUGGAAAAUGGUCCUAGGAAAGAACUCUUUGAAUAUCAACAGGCGCAGUUAGAAGCUGAAAUAGAAAACCUGUCCUGGAAAGUGGAGAGAGCAGAAACAACUGAUAGAGGUGAUUUAGAAAAUCAGAUGGACAUAGCAGAAAAACGACGGACAACUUUGCUCAAAGACUUUUUAGAAUUUAACACAAAUAGCGCAUCCAGCAGCAAAGUAUAAAGAGACUAAAUUAUUAUACGCUGUAAUGAAACAAUGCAAUGAAUGAGCACAGUUGUGUAUAACAUUUCAGUAAGCUAGAUUUUUCUUUGCCAAAGUAUAUUUAUUAACACUUUGCAAUAAAAUAGUUUAAAACGGC